AUGGAGAAGGACUAUGAUGAACCUGUGUUUGCGCCCAUCGUGGAGCGGACAGCUACCGUUCUAGAAGAACGAGAACAACAAACCCUCACACGAAUCGCCACCAGCAAGCUUGGCCAGCAGAUCUCAAAGUCGGCAAGUCACAAAGAUGGUGUGCCCCCGCAUCUCGAUCCCACCAACCCGCAGUUCGAUCAUCGCCAAUGGGCACAGGUGGUGUUGGACCAAGUCAAUGAUGCAGGUAUUGAUAUCCCACACCAAGGAGUUGUCUUUUCCAACCUCUGUGUCAGCGGAUCUGGCUCUGCAUUGCAAUAUCAAGAAACCCUUACUUCUAGCUUGAGCGUUCCCUUCCGAGCUGCAGCAAGAGCCUUGACUGGCCGUUCAGCACCACCGAGACAAAUCCUUCAUAGCUUCGAUGGACUUCUGGAGGGUGGAGAGCUUCUUCUGGUAUUGGGUCGACCUGGCAGUGGCUGCACAACCUUCCUGAAAACCAUCACCGGUCACCUCGGAGGCCUGACCCUGGAGCCUGAAAGUACACUUCAUUACGAAGGUGUCGGCUUCGACCACAUGAUUAAGCACCACCGCGGAGAAGUUGCAUACAACAAAGAAGUCGACCUACAUUUCCCUCAUUUGACCGUCGGCCAAACCCUCGAAUUUGCCGCUCAUGCUCGUGCACCCCAUCAACGCCUGGAAGGAGUCACGCGUUCAGAGUACGUUGAGACCAUCACGCAGGUCGUGCUUUCAAUAUUUGGAUUAUCUCACACCUACAACACCAAGGUAGGCAGUGAAUUCGUACGCGGUGUCAGUGGUGGCGAGAGGAAGCGAGUCAGCAUUGCUGAGAUGUUCUUGGCCCGCUGCCGCAUCGGAGCGUGGGACAACAGCACCCGUGGGCUUGAUGCUGCAUCCGCCUUGAAGUUUGUCAAAUCUCUUCGCCUGUCUGCUGAUAUGGGCUCGUCCUGUCAUGCUAUUGCUGCCUAUCAGGCCUCGCAAUCCAUGUACGACCUUUUUGACAAGGUCGUCCUCCUGUAUGAAGGGUACCAGAUCUACUACGGACCCCGAGACCGAGCUGUGCAGUACUUCCAAGACAUGGGAUGGGAGCGACCCGAGCGUCAAGUCAGUGGUGACUUUUUGACUGCUAUCACCAACCCAGCAGAGCGCAGAGCUUUACCCGGUAUGGAGGGUAAGGUGCCUCGCACCGCCAAAGAGUUUGCCGACCAGUGGAAGCAAAGCCCCGAGUAUCAAAUGCUGACCAAGGGGAUCUCUGACUUUGAGAGCCAUCAUCCGCCCAACGGCGGCGACGCAAAGAGACUCCAGGACAGCCAUCAAGAGCAGCAGGCUCGUCACACUCGUGCUCGCAGUCCUUACCUUCUCUCAGUCCCCAUGCAGGUCCGGCUCUGCAUGCACAGAGCUUACCAGCGAAUGCUCCAGGAUCUCCCAACCGCCCUUUCACCUGUGAUUGUCCAAAUCGUCCUCUCUCUGAUCAUCGGUUCAAUCUUCUACCAAACCCCUGACACUUCCAGCUACUUCUUCCAAAAAGGUGCAGUGAUGUACUUCGCUGUGCUGAUGAACGCCCUUCUCACGAUCAACGAAAUCCUCAUGCUCUAUGCCCAACGCCCCGUUGUUGAGAAACAAGCAGGGUAUGCAUUUGUCCAUCCUUUCACCGAGGCCCUAGCCAGUCUAGUGGUCGAUCUACCGAUCAAACUUGUACGCAUAUCAGUAUUCACAAUCGUUUUGUACUUCAUGGCAAACUUACGACGCGAGCCCGGGGCCUUCUUCAUCCACUACCUGUUUUUGCUCACUGCAGUCCUCUCGAUGUCUGGUCUCUUCCGCAGCGUUGGUGCAUUGACAAAAAGCAUUGGACAAGCCAUGGCCAUUGCAGGUGUUCUCGUGCUGUGUAUUGUUGUAUACACUGGGUUCACUCUUCCACAGCCAUACAUGCAUCCGUGGCUCUCCUGGAUCCGGUGGAUCAAUCCAAUCUACUAUACCUUUGAAGCGCUCGUUGCCAACGAGUUCCACGGUCGGACGUUCGAUUGCUCCGCAUUCAUUCCGAGCUACGGAACCGGCACCUCGUUCAUUUGCUCUACGGUCGGCGCAGUUGCGGGCCAGCGGACUGUUUCUGGUGACGACUUCAUGGAACAGAAUUAUCAAUACCAUUACUCGCAUCUGUGGCGCAACUUUGGAAUUCUCAUCGCCUUCUUCGUUGCGCUCAACGCCCUCUAUCUUGUCGCUACCGAAUACAUCACCAAUGACAAGUCAAAGGCCGAGGCACUGGUUUUCAGGCCGGGACAUGCACCUCAGUAUCUUCAGAAGGGCCAUACUAUUGAGCUCGGAGAAGAGGAAGUCAACAAACUUGAGGUGCAGGCUACUAACGACACGACAAGCGAGACCAUCCGUCUUCCGGAACAAAAUGACAUUCUCUCGUGGAAAGCGCUGAACUAUGAUAUUCCUGUGAAAGAGGGUACUCGACGUCUGUUGGACAACGUCAACGGAUGGGUCAAGCCCGGCAGCCUGACUGCAUUGAUGGGAGUCUCAGGAGCUGGAAAGACGACACUUCUUGAUGUACUUGCGCAGAGAGUCUCGAUCGGUGUGGUGUCCGGUGAUAUUUUCGUGAAUGGCAAGGAUCUUGCACCCAACUUCCCCCGACGCACGGGAUAUGUGCAGCAACAAGACUUGCACUUGGAUACCACGACCGUCAGGGAGGCCUUGCGCUUCAGUGCAAUGCUUCGCCAGCCUGCAAAGGUACCACAACAGGAGAAGUAUGACUACGUGGAACAGGUAAUUGAAGUGCUGGGCAUGGAGGACUUUGCUGAGGCCGUCGUCGGAAGUCUUGGGGAAGGAUUGAACGUUGAGCAAAGGAAAUUGCUCAGUAUCGGCGUUGAGCUUGCAGCCAAACCCACCUUGCUGAUUUUCCUCGACGAGCCAACCAGUGGUUUGGAUUCCCAGAGUUCCUGGACAAUCUGCCAGUUCCUCCGAAGGCUGGCAGAUCAUGGACAGGCUGUUCUAGCAACGAUUCAUCAGCCAAGUGCACAGCUAUUCCAGACUUUCGACCGCUUGCUCUUCCUUGCAAAGGGCGGGAAAACGGUCUACUUUGGUGACGUGGGAGCCGGCUCAUCCAAGCUGCUUGACUACUUCGAGCACAAUGGCGCUCGUCCCUGUGAACCGCUCGAAAACCCCGCCGAGUACAUGCUCGAGAUGGUCGCUGGUGAUUCCUCCUCCAUCGACUGGGUGGACGCCUGGAAGAAGAGUCCUGAAUGCCAAGAAGUCGAGGCUGAGGUGCAACGACUUCAUUCUCGCAAGGAAUCUGUGCACCAGUCUGCCCUUGAGGAGCUUGACGAUGACAACGCGGAGUUUGCCAUGCCACUCUACAGCCAACUGUACUAUGUACUCGCUCGCGUGUUCCAGCAAUAUUACCGCCAGCCAGAAUACAUCUUCUCCAAGUUCAUUCUCGGUAUCGUCUCUGGUCUCUUCAUCGGAUUCUCUUUCUGGAAGUCAGACAACACCCAGCAAGGCUUCCAAAACGUCCUCUUCAGUGUGUUCCUUCUGUGUACUAUCUUCAAUACCCUGGUCAACCAGAUCAUGCCAAAAUUCGUCGUUCAGCGCUCUCUGUAUGAAGUGCGUGAGCGCCCGUCUCGAAUCUACUCCUGGAAAGUCUUCAUCCUUUCUCAGAUGCUCGUCGAGAUCCCCUUCCAGAUUAUUCUUGGAGUCUGCGCCUGGGCCUGCUUCUACUGGUCUGUGAUUGGCCCUGAACAGGACAGCGAGCGUCGCGCCCUGAUCAUGCUCUUCAUUGUUCAAUUCUAUAUCUAUGCCGCCAGUAUGGCGCAGCUCGUUGUUUGCGCCAUCCCAGAGCCCACUGUCGCAGCCAUGCUUGCCACCCUUAUGUUCGGUCUUUCCUUCAUCUUCAAUGGUGUGAUGCAACCUCCCGAUGACCUCCCUCGCUUCUGGAUCUUCAUGUACCGUGUUUCACCUUUCACCUACUACAUUGGUGGAAUCGGUGCAACAGCUCUUCACAAUCGCAACGUUGAAUGCAACGCUGCUGAGAUGAGCAUCUUUGAUCCUCCUUCUGGUCAAACCUGCGGUCAGUACAUGGCCAAAUAUCUGGAGACAGCCUCGGGCAAGCUUUCAAACUGGAAUGCCACUUCCAAUUGCGAGUACUGCUCGAUUAGCUCGGCGGAUCAGUACCUCGCUGCCCGCCAGAUUCACUGGGACGAUCGCUGGAGAAACUAUGGUAUCUUCUGGUGCUACUUUGUCUUCAACAUUUUCGCUGCGAUAACACUAUACUACCUCUUCCGUGUCAGAGGCUCCAAGGCCAAAACCAAGAGGGCCUGA